CUUAAAUUAGCGCUGAUGAAAGCAAGAGCUUCCAUUCCGCCUUGAUUUCGAAGAAAAGUGACUUGCAGUUGCAAUCACGGAAAAUUAGUGUGAGAACUUGUGCAUACCGAAGGACGGAGAUCAAAAGUGCUCGAAUCUAAACAUGAAACUAGCUCGAAUAGCUUUGUCCCUUCUGCUGAUAGUGGCACCCUCUUGCAGUGAGCUUCGGAAGACGUUCCACAGUAAAAUAAGUGGCUCGAGCAGUCGGUUCCUGUUCCAUCAGCAUCAUAAUGGACGCGAUCGAGGGCACGAUCAUCAUCAUCAAAGCUUCAAGAAACAACUGGAAUCAACUACGAUAAGCGAGAAUGAUCUUGAAGCGACUACCACUCUUCCGGCUCCGGAGAAUACCCCGGUGCCGGCAAUGUCUUAUGAGAAAUCACUUCCCUUGAGGGCGCUUAAUUGCAUGGCCAAAGUGUCCAUCUUGGAUUGCAGCAAGCUGUACCUGUUGCAAAAUAUGGAAUCGCUGAAUUAUCAGUUUGCAACCAGUGGGAAUUUGACUUACGACGUGCAGCAGAUUUUGCUUCCCUCGUAUAAGCGACCGGACAAUAAAUUGUUCGAAGACCGUCUGCUGCAGCUCAACUCGACGGAGGUCGAUCGCCGAAUCAAUCAAGGUCUCACUCUGCUGUUCAAUGAACGUCAGGUGGACAUCAAAUUCCUGCCAGGAUUCGGGCUUCAACUAACGCCCACCAAUAGUGACACGCUGGAAUUUUCAAUCAAAAAUGAAUUCACCACAGCCAGUGAGGAAGGUCGCGGUCGGGAUGAGAAGAAGGAUCGCGAUCGCAACAAGAACAAAGGCACACGAAAGGUGAUGAAGCAUUUGCUACGGCUGGGAGUGCCCACCGUGCUGUUGCCUACGAUGCUGUUGGCUGGGGUGCUACCGAUGAUGCUGCCGGUGUUGAAGUUUGCGACGAUUUUCACCAGCUUUGUAAAUCAUGCUGCGCUGGCCGCGGCGGUGAUGUAUCUGGCAAAACAGCAUGCCCAGGAACAGGAGGAAAAGCAGACGGUAUACUUCAAUGCGGGGUAUAACUAGGACGAAGAGGCUGACACUAUCGAUCUAAGUGGUGACGGGAUUGAGG